AUGGGUCGGGCGCCGUGCUGCGACAAGACGAGUGUGAAGCGGGGGCCGUGGUCGCCCGAGGAGGACGAGCUGCUGCGGAGCUACGUCCACAACCACGGCACCGGCGGCAACUGGAUCGCGCUCCCGCACAAAGCAGGGCUGAACCGGUGCGGCAAGAGCUGCCGGCUGCGGUGGCUGAACUACCUGCGGCCGGACAUCAAGCACGGCGGCUACACGGAGCAGGAGGACCGGAUCAUCUGCUCCCUCUACAACUCCAUCGGGAGCAGGUGGUCCAUCAUCGCGUCCAAGCUGCCGGGCCGGACGGACAACGACGUCAAGAACUACUGGAACACCAAGCUCAAGAAGAAGGCAAUCGCCAUGCACCAGCAUCACCACCAGCAGCAGGAGUACUACCACCAGCAGCAGCCGCACAGCUCAGGCGGCGGUCGGGGCCGCCGCGGCGCCGCCGCUCCCCGGAGCCAACAAUGCGCCUCCUCCAUGCAGCCGUCGCCCGCGUCCGCCUCGUCCGCGGUCACCACCGCGAGCGCCAGCGACGCGUGCAGCUUCGGCGCCAUGUACCCCUCCCUGCCAACGACGCUGCAGGCUGCUGCUCCGGUGCUCGCGCGCUACGACGGCACACUGCCGCCGGCGCCGCAGCAGCAGCAGCAAGCGUCUUCGCUCGCCGAGUUCUCCGUCGCGCCAGCGCCGCCCACCGGCGCCAUCAGCGGCACCUGGGCUGGCGGGCUGCCGCUCGACGACAUGUUCCUGCCGGAGCUCCUAGGCGACAGCGAGUUCCCGCCUGGCGGCGACUUCUUCGGCACCGGGUUCGCCCCACUGCUGCUGCAAGACAGGGCGGCGUCGGCGUCCCUGCAGGAGCUCUCCGCGUGCUACUUUCCCAACGCGCAGGCCGAGAUGUGGGCGGCAGCGGAUCAUCACGUUAAUGUCAAGCCGCCGCCGGCCGGCCUCUGCCACAGCCUGACAUGA